CGACAGCAUGUUAAGAGUUUCAGCCCAAACGAAUCAACAAUUAUUAAAAUCCUGAAAAUAACUACACAUCUAUAUAUAUAUAUAAAAAAACUAUACACCUAUGUACACCUGGAAACAUUAAAAUCAUUAAAAGUUGUGCAUUGAAUAUUUUUUAUCGAAUAAUUUUUCAGUUUUUGUUUUACUGUAUAUACUAAAUGGGAAAGUUCAUUUAAAAAUAGCACAAACGGUUGUUUGUCGUAUAAAUAUUUACGGUUUUAUAAAAGUUGUGAAAUUGUUUUGUAGAAAUGAUUCAAAAAUGAACUUUGUGGUGAAUAAAACCCGAACUGGACGCUUUAAAAAAAGUGUUUUUUAAUAAAAAGUGUUCUAAUAUUAAAUGGAACCUUCGAUAGGCUUUGAUGACAUUAUAUUAUGUUAGGGAAGAAAAUCCGGUCGUGAUGGACCUAGAGCCAGAAUGCAUCAAAGACAAAGCGAACCGAACGAUUUGCGAGGUGGACGCUCGCGAAUUCUACCGAACCUACGAUGUUAUGACCGGCGUGCGGAUCGCCUACACCCUCGGAGGUUUUUUUGGACUGAUGGUGGUCCUCGUCCUCUACAAAUCCAAAUCAAAGACUGAAAAAGCCCUCGAAGACCCCGAUUUCACAGCUGCCGCGGUCGCGGAGGUAGAGGAAGAGGAGCGGCAGCUCCAGGCCGUCCUCGAGCAGACAGCUUAUGAGGAGCUGAAUCCUCGAAGGUCUAGGAGGUCCCUAGACACCUCCAGCAUGCCGCCAGGAUGGAUACGGAACUCCAAAAGGUUUUCAUCGGUUGGAGGUUAUAGUAGCCUCCUAGAGCCUCCUACAAGAAUGUCAUCGAGGCUUCCUAGUUUUAUAGAUGAGGAUUCUCCACCGGAAGAUGAUAAAUCAUUUUAUGAUGAAGUUUCUUUUAAUUAUAAUAGUCAUUUGAACGUCCCAAGACGUUCCAGCAACAUCACGUGUUCCUCUUCAGGAAGUUCAUACCUGGAACGAAGAGAUUCAGCUGUUGCUUUAGGUCUUCCUGCUCUUCCAGCGCACAAGUCUAAAUAUUCCAGGCGUCAGUCGUCCCCCGUACCAGAAAUAUAUGAUUUUUACUACCCCAUAGAUAUCAGAGUGACCCAACCGACUCCAGGAGGUUCCCCUUGUGGAAGCGAUCGGGCUCUAUAUGAUAGAGUCGGUGAUCCACCAAACUUGAAGCCGAAGCUGGCCCCGCUAGCUUCGAUAAGCAGCUGCAACACCUCGAUAGGCAUAGAUCUACCAGAAUUCGACAUCCAGUCAUUAAAUUCAGACUCAGUGUUCAACAACAACGACGAAGACGGAGACACCGACCACGAAAUCGACGAGUUCUCCACCGAUAGCGAUGAAGGCGCUUGCUACUCGAGGGACAAAAAAUCCCACUUACCGCACGUGGGAUGUAACGUGACGCAAAGAUCUUCGUCCAAGAGUUCCCUGACAGUUGUUGAACAAGAGGUCAGUGGUAUUCGCUUGAAAACUCUGUAUAGCGAAGAGGAAAAAACAAUGUGGCCAAAAGAAACUUUGUUUUAAAUUUUGCUUACAUAUUUAAGUCGAUCUUGGAUUUGUUUAG